AUGGCAACUCAGCCCAGCGCUUUUUACCUUUUUAACUGUGAUGAAACUUAUAAUUUAGAGAUAGUGGAAAAGUUUUUGGUUGAAGUAGAAGAGAAAUAUGGCUUCAAAAUUGCAGUCGAUCGUCGUUAUUUUGGUCUACAACAAAUGGCUGAUUUGUGCGAGAAAACUUUGCCUCAACUGGUAAUGGAUUUUGCAGUCUUUGUUAUUCAUGCAGAUGAAUCUCGUCUCUCCAUCAACGAGGACAAUGCUGGUAUCGGUUACGCGAGAAUCUACAGAGCUUUGCUUGAGAAAACAGGUGGGUUUCCGAUGAGUACAUUCGCCACUGAGCCUUCCACCGAUUCAGUCGUAGUCCCGUAAUUUAAUGUAAUACAUCUUCCUUUUUAUAAUAAAAAGUGAUGCACGACAAUGCCCACUAUAGUUAAAGCAUAAGUAUCGAAACCAGAAAACACACUUUUAGAACUUCACAUACUCAGAAAGCCGGAAGUGGAUAGGAAGUGCUGUAGGCAUUUACGGCAGUGUGAAAUGUACCGACACGGAUCAUGCAGACAGUGUAUUCGCUGUACAUAUUUUUAUCCAGACAGAAAAAUUGUUUAAAUCCCAUGUUCAUAAUAUCGAAGUGGGGGAUAAUCAAUCAGUAAAUGAAGCAUGAGAUAGAAAACCUUUAGAGCACUUUCGAUUUCGAACGAUUACGCCAAGGUCACCCCCUAACGAUGAAUGUCACCCGAGAAACGGAGAAGAAUUUCGUGGAAAAAUUGUCAGGUGACAGAACCGGAAGUAUUUCUUCAGAGCAUUUAAGCCAUACCGAAAUUAAACCGGAAGUGUUUUACAGUACAUUCAAAAAAUUGAUCGACUUAAAUUUCCCCCGCCCCCACUUCCAAUAAUAUGCUUCUUCGUUUAUAAUACUCCGAGUUAAAAACCCUUCCCAAAUUAAUUACCACGAAAAUACAAGACCCGAGAAUUUUGGAAUUUUACAGAUUGUAUCAGGUAAGAUAAAAGAUAAAGUCUGCGUUUUAACCAAGUGGUUCAUCAAACCGGGCAAGAGCUUAUCUUGAUUUCUGUAGCAUUAAGCACGUACUCACCUAAACAGGAUAACAGCCCAUUGCAGGGCUGGUCUUUUCCACAAGAACCCUAUCGAAAUGUUUACCCCAAUAUGAAAAUUGGCCAGCACCUAUUUAUACACCACGUUGGAGUAAAGCAUGAGACUUGUGGGUGUCUUAACUAACACAAUACAACUUAACCCUUCACCUUUUGAUACCACGUCCAAACCACUUAUCGCUGAGCAGCCGGUGUAUCAAAACGCUACAAACUGCUCGAUAAUAUAAGUUUUCUGCUGCUUUUUUCAGGUAACAAAGUGUUGAUCGUGAUAGGCGGAGACAGUUACUACCAAAAUGAAGACGAAGAAGCGCGGUCUGUCAUCUCGCGCUGGGCAAAAAGGAAGGUGGCUUCGCAAUUUCGUGAAGAGUAUCUGGACGGAAGGCAAAGCUUUAUAUUCUCUUGGAAUAAAAAACACCGACCGAUUCACGAGCAAGCUAUGCGGCAUUUUCUUGAUCCCAGCAAAAGGGGAUUCACAUUUGAAUACACACCCAGGCCCUUGCCAAAGCCCAUAGCACCUGUGGUCCCUCAGCCCUCGCGGAAGUCUGAAGCACCUAAGGUCCCGGCUCGACCAGCAAUACCUUAUUCGAGACUAGAGGUAGGACUUUAAAUACAUCUCUCCUCCACAUACUGCCGCCGAGUCUCUUCUCUUUGUUGAAGAGGCUGUUUGAAGUCCUCACUAGGAAUUUCUUCCUCAUAACUGCUGACUUGAACGGUGGAGAGGGUUAUGACACAAUCGAUGGCACAAAACGUAGGCAGCUCUACCAAAAGUGAAAAAGUUCUUCUUUAAUUUAUUUUAGUUCUCCCUUUCGCCUAAGUUGAGGAUAGAGGAUCGAAACACACCUAUUUCAUUACGAGUCUCAUAGCCAAUAAUAUCACGGCUUAAUUGACAGACCACCAAUAACAUCGCGACGUAAUUGACCAAUCAGACCAAUAACCAGGGUAUAAUAAUAUACAAAUUUAGCCAGGGAUAAAAGCGAAGCUCACGUUAAUAAAUUAAUAAUUUAAAUAAAACAAUAAACAUUAAUUAGUGAACUUUAAGGUACAUUUAUGAGACUUUUGAUGGAAAGUGAUUCCUUAGAGAAAAAAUAAUUUGACAGUCCAAGAGUGAAUAAAUUUUACAUCGCGUAAAUAGUCCUCGGUUUCAGCCAAUUUAUACGUUGCAUUCCUCUGUCUAAAAAGAAAGCCAAAAUAAAAAGAAAUCAAGUCGGUCUUUUUGUGUUUCGAAAAAGAUUUGUGUUCUACAGGUUUACUUUACAAGUAAACCUUGGCGACAAAUCUGGUGGUGUGUACACUGAACAAGUCUUUUAAAAAUACUUUUUAUCAGUGUUUUUAUACAUAAGGUCUAAGGAAAACAGUAGUAUGCCUGUGUGCCUGUUUUUUAUCAUACAGACCUCCAACAAAAGUUAUUCCUCCUUGCCUUACUUACACCUAUAAUUCUGCAGUUUUCACAAUUUUGCAAGACAAAUUGCGCUCAUUCAAUAUCCAAGACGAUCAAAGCACGCGCUUCCUUUGAGUAAAAAAUUACGGAAUUGACCACAUUAUAAAACGUUUUCAUGAAGAGAAUUUUCCGUAAUACCGGGACUGUUUAGUCGGAAAAAUCUGUUCCUAUGUAACAAGCAGGAUAGCAAUUAUGGGCUUUCAGUGAAAACGAUCAAAAAAUUCCCAAAAUCACCUAUACGGCCAGCCGGACUGGUUGUCACAUUUGUCAAGCACCAAACGUGCAGUCCGAACUGUCGGAGCCGUUUGAAUGAACAUUAAUAGAGUUAGGCUUCAACAUGAUGGAGAACUUAUUAUCCUUAGGUUUUAAUUCCCCUUAUUUAUCGUUUUGUUAUGUGUUAUCUUUAAAAGCGUUUGAUAUUUACGCCCUGCAUUUUGCGUUCUCUUGCAUGCGAUGUUUUGUUAUAUGUUCGACUGAAAACAACCUCCGCAGCGAUUAAAUUGAGAAAGAGACUACUAACAAUCAGUAAAAUACAUAUAACUCGGUGAAACAUGUACAGAGACAACAAUUUUCAAUCAGGAAGAUAAUUUUGGAGAGUAAAGUGUCUCUGAAAAUCAUGUGUCAGGUAAGCAUAAGCUCAUAAACUUCAAAAACCUUGCGGAUUUCAGCCAGCUUCCCGGUGUUUGCUAUACUUCAACUUGAACGGCGAGGCAAGCAUAUCACUCAGGGCUUUCUUUUUACAGCCAAAAUCAUAACUAAAUACAUUGUACUCUUCGGAACGUUUUCUUUGUAUUUGUGGAAAAAAGAUGUGAAGACUCUUUAAAAAUUUGUAAACUUAUGUCAAACCUGAUUGUAGGUUAGAUCAUCGUCUUGUGCAUAAACUAGGCGCAAAAACUACGAUCGACUUUAGAAAACCAGAAAAAAAACACAUCAAAUACAAUAAUAACUCAGGCUUACCAGUUAAGAUGCAACUCCUGAAGGCCAUCAGAAUCGCUUGAGACUUUGUUGAACCCUCUUUAUAAUACGCAUUAAGCAAGAGAAAAUGAGAAACGCGAUCCAUCCGAAAUCGGAUUUCCGAAGACUUUGACAAGCGGCGCAUUUCUCAACCAAACAACUAAUAAACAAACCAGCCACGAAUAACUUACGAAUCUUGCUAGCAGCUCUAUUUCAUUUUGUACAUCCAAAGGAAAAAAACAGUUAAAACUAUGACAAGGUUAUACAAAACUCUGUCAGUUUCAGCUAUCAGUAAACAAGUUUCAAGAUGCUGCAUAAAUUUUUAACGCAUGAACUCACCUGUCAAACUUUGACCAAUCAGAGCGUAAAAACUGGAAGUAGAGCGUGGCCAAUGCGUGACCAUUGUAAGAAAGGUCAAAAGCAACUUCCCUAUCUGUAAAAACUGGCUUAAUUCUCGCGUCCGAGGUCAGUUUGAAAUUAAAAGUUUAAUAGUGCGGCUCAUAAACACAUUUUCCUAUUUCCCAUGCAUUAAAAAAAUUGAACUUGAGCCUGCAAUCAUUUGAAAAGUAGUAACUUGUCAGCGGAUAACUUCAAAAAAAACUGGAACUCAGUGGGCCGAAACCUGAGCCCGCGAUACAGUCAGGUGAUGAUGGUCAGCGGAUGCUCUAGUAUGACAGCUUUCAAUUGAACUUUUCGAAUAAACGGACUGUUGACUGCGAGUGUGAGUAGGACAUUUCAGUCUGGGUUGUAAUGGAGGAUUAAUGGGGCGAAAGGUCAGAUCGUGUAUUUGAGCCCACGUUGUUAGUGGACUUUACAUGUCCCAUUUUAAGAGCUGUCAAUUGACCUUAUUUUGGCCAGCCCUGACUGACAGCCCUGGCCGGUGAAAGCGAGGUUUCAUUUCAUUUUCAUUUUUAUGUUGGUAAGUGUGACAUAUUAUAUCAGCUUAGAUAUAAGGGAAGAACGACUGGCCUUUCAUCUGAGCCCGCGAGAUGGUCACGUGAUUUUGACAUCUGUUAAUUCAUCCUCAUACGGAUGGCUUACAAAGUAUUAAUUUCUCCAAGAUCUAAUGUGACAUUUAACAUCAGCUUACAUAAAGUGUGCGUACGGGAAGGCGUACGCUACGUCAUAACCAAAUUUUCUCGAAUGGAUAGUUUACCAAAUUUUCUUACCCAUGGUGCUCUGCUGGCGCGCGCUUCGCGCGGGAGCUCCGCUAUAAUACCAUCAACUGACGUGAUACAACUCACAUUGACUCUGAAGAUGACUACCGAAUAGGUUGUCGAAACGUCAGUCACUGCUAUCGACAACAACAGUCCUAUUCAGGAUAGCCUACAGUGCAGGCGUAUUUUGCGUGGGCGAAACCUUAUUCGUGUUCGUAAUGUUGUUGUAGUUGCCAUCUUUGUCUCCUCCUCUCUUCGGGAAGUUUUAACAUGGCGCUUUCGCGAGCAAAUUGCGAUCUACACGUUCACCUGGACGAUCAAAUUCAAUCUACUUUUGAAAUGACGUCUGGGUUCAAACCUUUCACAUAAUUUUUUUUUUUCUGACAAUGUCAGUACAUAUGCAAGAGAUCUCAUGCGAAGUAACAAAUGGUCAUAUACGAGAAAAGCUCUCCACUUAUUCUCCUAGGUGAAUUUGUGUUGAGAUCAAUAUGGAGAAUCUGAAUAUAUCAGUUAGAGCAUGCAGCUGAGCUUAAGUAGUUAAAAGUGCUUGCCCUUCAGUUGUGUUUGAUUUCGCGGCACCGGGACUAGAUUGAAGCACGGAUAGUGCUCUCUGUUUCUUAAGUCGACUUAUUUAGCUGAUGUAAACUAAGAAGAUUUCGUCAGGUUAGUCUAUUAAUAGCUAACAGCGUAUGAAAUAAAUAUUGAAAACAUUGCAUCGCAUUAAUUGCUUUCUUCAGGACGAUGAGGAAGAAUCACGAACCCACGCUAGGGAAGCACCAACACGUAAGUUGAGGGAUGAACCGCCAAAAGGCAAUUAUGAAGGUAAACGUUCCCUCGAUGAUUUGAAAAGUUCAGUGUCACAUCAUCUAUGUUGGAGAUCAAGAAGCAUUAUAAGAAUUGACUCCUACGUUUUCCCCACGGGAGUGUCUCGAAUGCUUCCCAGAGGGUAGCAAAAGGGGAAGUCAUGAUCCCGUUUCACGUACAAAUUUUGAUAAAUUUCACGUAUCGCGUGAAGUAUAAACCAAUUUUCAAGAGUCAUUAAUCUCACCCGUUAAUCAAAGGGGAUAGGAACCGAAACACAGUCACCAUGGAUCCUAAUUCGCAUUAUAUUUGACGAUCGCAAUUUCUCCCCACUUCUCCUCUCAGUAGAAUGUCGGUUGGGCGAUCUUAAAGGGCGUUAACGAGCAGUCGCGCAUGUGGGAAAUUCGUGUUUCCAGCGGUCUUGCGUUGAAAGCAACGCCCCCGAUGCAACUUCUUUUUAUUCCUCAGCGAAAGAAGCCUGCGAGGCAGGCGCAGGUUCGUUUUUUUGGUUAGUUUGAAUUUACUCCUUUUCUCUCCACAAGUGCGCACACGUGUCCUCGAAAUUUCCCCCUUCGCUCUAACAAACCCCCGCCGAUGCCUUCUGUGCAGGCUACAGCGACUGUGCCUAUGGCCUUUCGUUGGGGGCAAUUAACUCAGUUUAACACGAAAACAAACAAGAAUGCCGAAGUGGACGAUAAUUAUCCCAAAGGUCACUGGUCACGUGCAGUUUUAAGGGUCUGGUCUUUAGGUAGUAAUUUUUAACCAAGACAAAAACGUAAUGCAUGCGCAGAGAAUAAUACCAAUGGCCUUGUUUAAUCCCUCUUUCUUAUUUCAAUGCUUUUCACGAAAUGCGACUAAAUAUUCACGAGUCCCGCACAUCACGGAUCACGUUCCUAUUUUCGGAACUUUGACGCGUCACGCACUAAAUUUGGGCCUGAUCACGCCUCACGCGUAAACCCUUUGCUACCCUCUUCCUAAGCGUUUGAAUCCCUGACCCUGUGUAGGGGAAAGAGAAACCUGAAACUAUAUCUACUCUGGCUUUAGAACCCUACUUGGCUAAGGCAAAGAAAACAGAACACGAGCAACCAUCGUCGAUUGCUCACGAUUCUGAAUGUCUCGGAGGAUCAAAUUCACAGAUCGCUUUCUUUUCAUAUUGCUUACAUGCAUAUGGCAGAUUACAAAAGAUGAAAUGAUUUCUAGAGUAAAGAAAUGGCAACUUGUGAUUAAUCUUUGCACUCCUCAUUUACGGUGGUAGCAAUGUGAUCCGUGGCCUUCACGACUUAAUUUCACAUACAAAAUGACAGAUUAAGAACUAAAUUUAGCACAAGUAUACCCCACAGUGGUGGAUUCAAACAGAAAUAAACGCUCUUCUCUUUUAACGAGUUACCCAACCCACCCCUCUUUACUGAACAUACGGUCAUACGCCUUUUGGGCGUAAGUAUCUUGAAUGGGCCCUUUGCAGCUCCUGUCACAGGAGACACAACCACCCUGCUGGAGGUAUGAGAAGCAGUGGGGCAUUAAAAACAAAGACAUAACAACAUUUUUAAAGCUUAUUUCUUUCCUUUUGAAUUUCCCUUUGUGUUGUUUUCCCUCCAGAAAGGGGUUUUUUCACUUCGGUGGCUGUUUAGCUACAAAGGGUUAAAUGGUGGGGCUAAGCCAGCCUUGUUUCCACAUAACCAAGGCUGUACUUACGAAUUUUCAGAAGGUCGUUUUGUAUUUAGUGGCUAAGAUUCUGGUUAGAGUGUACCUUUACAACUAAAAAUAGGUGCAGUGUAAAACAUAGUAACCUCAGCUACUAAAUAGGUCCGACUGAAUUCUGAAUCUUUCAUUAUUGCAGCUGUGCGUCCAGCUGCCAGUGGAACAGCACCAGCUGUUUAUCCUGCAGGGACCAGGUCACUGCAUACACACAAUCGUGGAACAAUUCAAAGACAUCAAGGCUGCUGUCCGUGUCAUUGUCUAUUACUGUGAGGUUUCAGUUUCCACGCUUAAUGGAGGGCCGUGUUGCAUUCUCUUCAAAACAAUUAUAGAAAAAAUGCUGUGA